GGCCAUCCUCAAAUCAAAAUCCAUCUUCAUCUCUAAAGUAAAGGAAGAGGUCGACGGCGAGAUCAACAGGCGAGAUGGUUCUUAAGGUUUUCGGCAACCCUAUUUCGACCUGCACCGUACGCGUGCUUGCUUGCAUAGAAGAGAUCGGUUUGGAAUACGAGCUCGUCCCCGUCGAUUUGACCACCGGCGAGCACAAGCGGCCACCGCAUAUCCACAGAAAUCCCUUUGGUCAGAUCCCGGCACUCCAGGACGGCGAUCUUAUUCUGUUUGAAUCUCGGGUUAUAAAUCGGUACUUGGUGCGAAAAUAUGGCAAGGGAACUGAUCUCUUGAGAGAAGAAAGCCUUGUCGACUCUGUAUCGGUGGAUCAGUGGAUGGAGGUCGAAACACAGCACUUCAAUGGACCUAUCUCCACCCUUGUCUUCCAGCAUGUUUUCCUUCCAAUUUUCUUUGGAGGAAGCACUGAUGAGAAGGUGGUGGCUGCGGAGGCAGAGAAGCUGGGUAAGGUACUUGAUGUUUAUGAGGCCAAGCUUUCAAAAACAAAGUUCCUUGCAGGUGAUUUUUAUAGCCUCGCUGACCUCCACCACCUCUCCUAUGUCCACUACCUGAUCACCAGCACCCCACACGGCUCCCUCUUCCACUCUCGUCCUCAUGUGAAGGCCUGGUGGGAUGCCAUCAGUUCCCGUCCAGCCAGCAAGAAGGUCUUAGCUGCUCUGUCAUUCAGCAGCUGAGUUGCUAGAGAGGAGCAGGUUGGUUAUAAUGUUGAGUGUCGAAUGAAUAAAAAUGCACUGUGUUAACUAUAGAUGCCGGUUCACUGUUGCUGCUAGCUAUGGCUGGCAUCUGCGUCCUUUAGUCUUUUGUUGGAACUUGUUAUUUUGGUCAUGUUCGCGUCUUUAUGAAUAGUUUUGUGCUACUUGUAAUGUUUUGGUUGAAAUAAAGUUGAGAGUUUAUUUUAUGUUAGUACAAAA